AUGGUAGAAGACCAUGGGAAAGAGAUGGUGGACCUUAUAUGGAAGAGAGGGGACUGGCAUAGACUUUUCAGAGGCAAGCCCUCCAAAGAGAGCAGCAAGGAUGACAAAGAUGACAAAGAUGAGGAUGAUGUUGAUGAGAGGAUGAUGAAUACAAUGAUGAACAAGUACCCUUCUUCAGUACAAUUUGCUUUGUUCAUUUUGCUCCAGUGCCUGUCUGCUGAGGACAUCUUUUUUCUUCAUGGGUUGCCGAAUAACAGCCAGAUAACAAAUUCCAGUCUCCAUAUGAUAUGUCCUGCUGUCUUACAACAGCUGAUUUUUCACCCUUGUGAAAGCCAGAAGUCCAAAACCAAAUCAAAACCAACUCCAUCAGAAGUUUGGGGUUUUGGAUUCCUGGCUGUGACUAUCAUUAGUCUUGCAUCACUUCUGGGAUUGGUCUUAACUCCUCUCUUAAAGAAACCGUAUUUCCCCAAGAUUUUAACAUAUUUUGUGGGCUUGGCCAUUGGGACUCUCUUUUCUAAUGCAAUUUUCCAGCUCAUCCCAGAGGCAUUUGGAUUUGAUCCCAAAAUAGAUAACUAUGUUGAGAAAGCAGUAGCUGUGUUUGGUGGAUUCUAUAUUCUCUUCUUUGUGGAAAGGAUUCUUAAGAUGGUAUUGAAGAUCUAUGGCCAGGGUGACCACAAUCACUUCGAAAUUAAUGAAAAGAAUAUUCCGCAGGAUAAUGGUAAUCCACCAAAACUGGUGAAAUCCAGCAACGGAGUCACAUGCUAUGCAAAUUCAGCUGUAGUAGAGCCUAAUGGAACUCUUUCCUAUGACACUAUCAGUGUGGAUCCUGGUCAGGAAGAAAAAACCCAAAGUUGCUCAUGUAAAUGUUUUAAGGGACCCGCACUAUCAGAGAUUGGAACAAUUGCCUGGAUGAUCACACUGAGUGAUGCUUUACACAACUUCAUUGAUGGUCUGGCUAUUGGUGCCUCCUUUACCUUGUCUCUUCUUCAGGGACUUAGUACAUCCAUAGCAAUCUUAUGUGAAGAGUUCCCUCAUGAACUUGGAGAUUUUGUCAUUUUGCUUAAUUCUGGAAUGAGCACUCGCCAGGCUUUGUUUUUCAACUUCCUUUCAGCCUGCUCCUGCUACAUUGGGCUGGCUUUUGGCAUAUUAGUGGGCAACAAUUUUGCUCCUCACAUCAUCUUUGCAUUAGCUGGUGGCAUGUUCCUGUACAUUUCUCUGGCAGAUAUGUUCCCAGAGAUGAAUGACAUGCUAAGAGAAGAAGUAACAGGAAGGAAAAAAGAUUUAACCUUCUUCCUCAUCCAGAAUGCUGGUUUACUGACAGGAUUUGCUGCUAUACUACUGAUUACCUUGUAUGCAGGAGACAUUGAGCUGGAAUAAUGUGACUGAAGAUGUUACCAAUAAUGAAGACAUUAAGUAAAUUAAAAAUGGAAGAACACUUGAAAUCCAUAAAGGGACUUUCAGUUCAUCUGCUUGGUUUUAAACAAUGACCUUGUUUUCUUCUGGAAACUACAGAAAAUUAAAUUCUCCUUUUAGGACUCCCAAUUCAGUCCUAUAAAGGGGAUUUUCAGCUUCUACAUAUUACAGAAACCUGAUUGAGAUAUUUGUAUUUUAAUUGAAUACCUGCAUAAUGAUAAAAAAUAGCAUUAUAUGUUCAAUGGAAUUAAGCAGCAGGCAAUGCACAUGUACUCCAUAUGACUCAGAUUAAAUGGAAGAGGGAUUCCUUGAGAAGAACAUCAAUAAAGAAGACAAUUGGUGAAGGCUCAUGGCCUUAUGCAAGUAUUAUGAAAGAAGAGAGCUAUAAAACUGGCUAAUUAUAAUGUGGUUUUUUUUGCAGGGUUUGCUUGUGUAACCCCUAAAAAAAAAAAAAAAUCAAAAUUAUUUUAAAUAGAUAUGAAUUAUGCUAAGAUUUUAAUUAGUAAUUAACAGUGGAAGGAAAGAUACCCAAUUGCUGCUUUUCAUCUUUUUUUUUUAUGUGCACUAGGGGACUCUAGAUUUAUUUUGAGAGCCACAUUUUUAAUAAGUAAAAAUAUUAUAUUAAAUGUAUGGCAAUUUGUGAAUUUUAUAUCAAUCUAAAGCCAUUAUGUAGCUUUAAAUUUUACAAGCAUUUUAAUCUUGAAUUGUUUGACCUUAUUUUUUUAUUCAGUUAUAUGUUAAAUUCCUUGCAAACUACUCUAAAAAGAAAAAUUUUGCCUUAAUUUUGGAAGAACUGUAAUUGCGAAUAUUGCCAAAUAAUGUUAAGAAAAAAAUUAAAAUCAAUAUUCAGGAGGCUUUCCUGUUGCAUGUGUCUGUUCAGCGAAAAAUAUAGCUAGGAAAAUAUACAUCUGAAAGGAGUAGCCCAAUGUUUCUUGCACACUCAAAGUUUUACUGGAUCAUGUUGGAUCCAAAAUAUUGUUUAUAAGAGAGGUUCUUGCAAAUAAUACAACUCAAUACAUUAUUGAGGGGAUAAGUGAAAGAAA